AGGAGAGCUUCACCAGCAAGCUCAUCAAGGAGGCGCGGAGAAAGGCGAAGGAGGACGCGGAGUCCGGGUCGAUAUUCAACGUGAACACGUACAAGAUCCCGACCCAGAAUUACAACAAUUCCGACCUGCAGAGCUACCUCCCGACGGUGAUCCUGGCGCGCCGCGCCUUCGACACGGCCGUCUCCCAGCUGAAGAACCCCCGCGUCAAUUCCUCUGACCCCUACACGUACGAGCUACUGCGGCAGCAGAACCGCAUCCCCCCCAUCCGCCUGCUGCGGAAGGACAUCUUCAGGGCGAAGAGCUGGCUCAGGGACCGCACGGGCAAGUUCGAGGCGGGCGACCGCGAGUACGAGCGGGUCAAGCGUGCGGUGGACGAGCAGGACACGCAGUGCCUCCUGCUCUCGAGGAGCGAGGACCAGGUUCUCAAGUCGUCGGUCAAGGUUGCGGUCCGCAACACCCAGGCCGUCGUGGACGCCAUCGACGACUUCCUGGACGUUCUGCCCCAGGAGGAGGUCGACACGGCCAAGCUCGUGGCCGAGACGAAGAAGAUCCAGUUCCUGCGCCUCCCGGCCACCAGGAAGGCCAACGCCACUGCGGACGGAGACGGCCUGAAGAAGUCCGUGAAAGUCGAGGAGAUCUCGCCCGGUGCCGACCUGGCCAAGCUCCGCCCCGACCUGGCGCCCAGGGACUGAGGAGCCGCCAGGGGGGAGGAGGAGGAGGAGGAGGAGGAGGAGGAGCCGCCGGCUGCGCUCCAGCUGGGGGGCCCCCGUUCGACGUCGAGAGCAGCCUCCGGGCCGCCGCCUGGCCGCUCGCGCGUGCGCGGGCGGCCGCGACGUCCGCCGCGCCGGCUCGACCACUGCCGCGCCCGUCUCGUCCGUCUCGUCCUCGCAGCGCUCCUUUAGCCCGUCUCGUCCGUCUCGUCCUCGCAGCGCUCCAGAGUCGGGGAAGCGUCAUCGGAGAAGAAACGACUGCAUAAAAAAAAACAACUUGUGGUGUCCGCGCGGAUUUCUUGGACCC